AUGGUGAAUAUAGUUUGUAGGAGGGGUUUGCUGGGGCAACUUGCUCGGUCUGGAGCAGCACUUUUGCACACGGUAGACGUGGGGGCCGGAUCGUCACGGCGCGUUGCUGUUCGCACUGUGGUUGAUUGGAGUCCAGCUGUACAGCAGGCGCGUCUGCCGUUGGAAGCAAACGCUCAGAGCUCGGUACAAGUUGCAGAUGAGCGCCAUUUGAGGCUUUUCGACACGUGCCGAAGAACUUGCGAGCGGUGGAGCUCCAGUCAAAGCGGCACGAGCGUCACUGGUAACGACUUGGCCGGCGUCUCGCUUCGAGUGUUUCCACGAAGGCAUCGUGCUGCCAGCACGGCGACGCGCAAGUGUGCCGUGGUAGACGCUGCCGGCCUCAGAGCGCUGCUGCAGGCGAAACCUAAGCCGCCACUGCUCACCCUGGACUGGACGGAGCGGGUAGCGCGAGGGAGGUCGACGUCAACGCUCGCAGAGCGCUGGCGUUGCAGCUGGCGGGCGCGACCUCGCAUUGAAAAGGCACCCCAGCGAUGUCAAAGCACGUCGCCAUCACCAUCCUCGUCUUCGUCCUCGUCCUCGUCCUCGUCCUCGUCGUCGUCAUCGUCGUCGUCGUCUGCUGCAGGCACAACCGGGGGUUCGUCGCGUCUCUUUACCAAUCGAUUACGAGGGCGCUCACAAUACCUAGGAGAGCGACUUCACAGAGCAUUGCAUAGGGUACGCUCUUGGUUAGCACAGCUUCCAGCACGCACGCUGAAGACCAUCGAGUCGUUCGCAAAGCGGCUCUGGAGAGAGGUCGUGGCCUGCAUUCGCCAGCCAUCACGCCUUGUCAUGCAUUAUCGUCACGCAAAGCAGACGAUAACCGACUUUAUUCAUCAUUUCUGGACUGGUACCAAGCUGCUUGCGGCAGAUGCUCGCUUGUCCUGGCGCAUCAUCAAACGCUUGGCGCAAGGCAAACAGCUCACUCGUCGAGAGCGCAACAUUCUGAUCGGGACCGGCAGUGAUCUAGCGCGUUUGGUUCCAUUUUCUUUCUUUAUUAUUGUUCCUUUUAUGGAGUUUGCCCUGCCGUUGGCGUUGAAACUCUUCCCAAAUAUGAUUCCCUCUCAUUUUCAAGACAAGAAAAAGAAGGAAGAGGAUAUGAAACGCCAGCUCAAGGCGCGUAUUGAACUCGCCAAGUACUUGCAAGAUGUCGUAGAGGCACAGGCGCUGAUGAUUCGUAACCAAGCUUCAGCCGGUGAUGAUGUUCGCAAACUGGCGAGUGAGCUUUCCGAGUUUCUGCAGAAGCUCCGCGAAGGUCAUCCAGUGGAUAAGUGGGAUGUGCUGCGCUUCGCACGGCUUUUCAAGGAUGAGAUCACGCUUGAGAACGCCACUCGGGAACAGCUCGUGGCCAUGUGUCGAUACAUGGGCAUUGCUCCGCACGGCAGUGACAGCUUUCUGCGCUAUCGUUUACGGGCCAAGCUCGCGUCCAUCAAGAACGACGACAUGCUCAUUGCGUGGGAAGGCGGAGUCAAGAGCCUCACCGAUGACGAGGUCACACAGGCGUGCCGCGAUCGCGGUAUCCGAACCGAGGGCCUGCCCAUUGAGCACCAGCGACAAAUGCUUGCCGAAUGGAUUGAAAUGUCGCAGAAUCGCGAGAUCCCCGGAUCGCUCAUGAUCCUAUCACGCGCAUUCUUCUACACCAUGGAUCCCGACAAGGCACUGGAGGCGACGCUCACUUCGCUACCGCAUGAACUCGUGCAAGGCAUGCAGUCCUCGGCUGAGGCGGCGGAUGACGCCAUCGAAGGUGUUGGUACAUCUGAAACUGGAGCCGAACACCGGAGUGAAUCGGAGCGGCGUCUAGCUGAGGUACGACGCCACGAACGCCUCAUGGAGCUUGAGGAGCAAAACGCUGCGGAGCAGGCAGCAGCAGCAGCAGCAGCAGCUGCUGCUGCUUCAGCGAAGCCAACAACGGAUCACGAGUCCGAGGCGGCUGCGGUGACGUUGCCAGCUAGCGCCGCUCCCGAGGCAGCUGCGAUCGAACGCAUACGCGAAGCAGAGCUUGUGCCGCCAAGUCCACGUGAAAGCAGCGUUGCUGCCGCGUCUGCAGUCGAAACCGAGGCUGUCAAGGCUGGCACCGGGCCCGCCACCUCCUCGGACAAGCUUCUGGACCGGCACCUGGCCGAGCUCAAUGUUGCUGAUCGGAAAGAGGCGGUGGCAAUGAUCAGCACUGCAUUGGAAGAAAUGCUGCAUCCGAUCGUAUCAAAAGAGCGGCAGGAAAUAGAACAGUUGAAAAUGGAGCUCGCCCAAGCUGUUGCGAACAGCGCCGGACCCAAUGCCGCUACGACAGCUGAAAUAGAACGCUUGAAGCGCUUCAUCGCGCGCCUGGAGGAGGAAUGCACGCUCGUAGAGCAAAAGGUGGGCGACGCGCUCAAGCUUCUCGACCGGGAUAACGACGGCUUCAUCUCCGUGAAGGAGAUCGCCGAUGCGAUUGCUGAGCUGCGCUAUGGUCAACCGCUCACUGCGGGCCGAAGUGCAGCGGGCAUUCGACCGCCAGGCCUAGAGAGCCGAGUCGACCCCGACUCUGUCGCUGCCGAAGUGCUCCGCCGGCUUGACCUGGACGCCGAUGGUAUCAUUCAGCCGGACGAUAUUCGCCGACUGGCAGCUCAGGUUGCUGCGGAGCGACUUGGUCAUAGACAAGCUGCUUCAGCAGCUGCAUCGAAGAGCGAAUGA